AUAUGACAGAUCCCGAUAGCAUCCGACUCCUCAUUCCGCAUUGUUCGUGUAAUUCCGUAAUUGGAUGCUGAGACUGAAUCGUUAAAAGUUUUAAGGAAGUUUUUGUGCUAUCGCUUAACAGGUCACUUAAAAAAAUGGAGAUUGGAUCUGAGAUGGAAUGUGGAGAUGGGCGAUGUCGGGAUAUGUUCCUCGAAUUCCUCUACAUUGUUGUCCUUCCUGGCAUCAUCAUGUUCACAAUUGUCUUCUUCACCAGUAUCCUUAUGUGCCGUCAUUCAUGUAAAAGGAAAAAGAGUACCACAUUUUCGGAUGAAACGCAACUCCUGCAGUACAACUCAAUCCGUAGAGCCUCACUAAAUCUACGCCACCUCUCUCGCAACCGGGACACGCCCCUGCUGUCCGGCCGAACUGAGCGUGACUACCGCACCGUAUCGCUGAACCUGGACGGGGAGGAACGCUACCACCGGUCUAUGCAUGCCAGUGCUAGUGCUCCAGGCACACUGCAGAGAGAUAAUGAGCGUCGACGCCACCGCCACCAGCGCUACCACAGCUCUACUGCUGAUGUAGACCCCCUGAGCUAUGGUGAUAUGCCAGUCAACACGGCCACUGUGACCACCACAGCUGUUUCUUUGAACGGAGGAGAGUCAUGUACACAGUCUGGGGUGGAAUAUGCAGAGAUCAACCAUGAAGCCCUGGCGUCUGGAAGUGUCCCAGAAUAUGUACAAAAUGAGCAGCUGGUCAUUUAAAAUAAGGUCCAUAAAUAUGUUAAAACAA